UCAUGUUAGGACACUGUUUUCGCUGGUGGCGUUUGUGGUGCGCGGUUUAGAGCUGUGCUUUCAAUUUCUAGCCCACUUCGGGUUAAUUGGGUGUCAAGAUUUCCUUCGGAGUGAGCACCUUGUGUAGUGUGUAACAGCAAAUAUGAAUUGGUAGUGAAACGCUUGUGAGGAUCUCCAUCUUGACCACCUAGUGCCCUUUGGGAUUACCGUCGUUGACGUGAUGUGCAGUUAGAACCUCACCAUAUUUUGCUCGUUUCUGCGGCGUUGGAAUUCUCUCGGUGUUUGGUGAGAAGAGGCAUGCGUCCCGCUUAUGACGACCUGGCAAAUUUACCAGCAGACGAUGAUGACAAGCACUCGGCCGCCGGCGAGCGUGCCGAACUCAGUGAUCACCGCAUUAUUUACAUCAACAGCCCGCAGAAGCAGAAAUUCUGCUCAAAUUCCAUCUCUACCGCAAAGUAUAACAUGAUCUCUUUCCUGCCCAAGUUCCUAUUCGAGCAGUUUAGACGAUAUGCCAAUGUCUUCUUCCUUUUCAUAGCUCUUUUACAGCAAAUCCCAAAUGUAUCACCAACUGGACGCUACACCACGGCUGUGCCGUUAGUGUUCAUUCUAGUCGUAUCGGCACUCAAAGAAAUUGUGGAAGAUUAUAAACGGCAUGCGGCAGAUGAUGCUGUCAACCACAGUAUAGUGCUCGCCCUGAGAGAUGGAGAAUGGAAGGGCAUCCAGUGGACGCAGGUGUGCGUCGGAGAUUUUCUCAAGAUCACAGGGGGCCAGUUCUUUCCUGCUGACCUGGUCUUGCUCUCUUCCAGUGAGCCCCAUGGCAUGUGCUACAUUGAGACUGCCAACUUGGAUGGCGAAACAAACCUAAAAAUUAGACAGGGGUUGCCCCAAACUGCAGAGAUGCUGACCACAAAGGAUCUACGUACUAUGACGGGAUUUGUAGAAUGUGAGAACCCAAACCGUCAUCUCUACGAGUUCAAUGGCAACCUCAAGAUGAACACCCUCAAGACUCUUCCUCUGAGUCCAGACCAGAUCCUCCUUCGUGGGGCCAUGCUAAGGAACACAACCUGGGUCUUUGGGUUCGUCAUCUACACUGGACAUGAGACAAAGCUUAUGAUGAACUCCACUGCUGCACCACUAAAGCGAUCGACUGUGGACAAGGUGACCAACACACAGAUCAUUAUGCUCUUCCUACUGCUGAUUGUACUGGCCUUGAUUAGUGCUAUUGCAAGUGAAAUGUGGACCUCAAAGCAUGCUGCAGUAGACUGGUACUUGGGCCUUGACGACCUCAGCAGCAACAGCAACUUUGGAUUCAACUUCCUUACUUUCAUCAUCCUUUACAACAACCUCAUCCCAAUCAGCUUGCAAGUCACUCUCGAAAUGGUUCGCUUUAUCCAAGCAAGCUUCAUCAACAUGGAUAUCGAUAUGUAUCAUGAAGACACGGACACUCCCGCCAUGGCACGGACGUCAAACCUCAAUGAAGAGCUGGGACAAGUAAAGUACAUAUUCUCUGACAAGACAGGCACACUCACAUGCAACGUCAUGGAGUUCAAGCGCUGCAGCAUUGCAGGACACCUCUAUGGUGAUCCUGAAAGGGGGAUGGAUCCCCACGAGGUACGAGAAAUCCUGACCAAGAAUGCUCCAACCUCUGCAUAUGUCAGGGAAUUCUUCACACUUAUGGCUGUGUGCCACACAGUUGUGCCAGAGAUGGAACAAGAGAACAAAGUUAUCAACUACCAGGCAGCUUCCCCUGACGAAGGAGCUCUAGUCAAAGGAGCGAGAGAUAUGGGGUUUGUCUUCACGACCAGGACUCCAACCACUGUGACAGUCAACAUACUGGGAACAGAAGAAAAAUAUGAGAUCUUGAAUGUCCUUGAGUUUACAAGUUCCCGCAAAAGGAUGUCUGUCAUCGUGAGGACACCAAACGGCACCCUAAAACUGCUCUGCAAAGGGGCUGACACUGUCAUAUAUGAGAGACUAGGAACAGAGAACCAAUCCUUCAAGGAUAUAAACCUGAAACAUCUUGAAGAAUUUGCUGGACAAGGAUUAAGAACGCUUUGUUUGGCUGAAGCAGAAGUAUCCCCAGAGUAUUAUGAGGAAUGGAAAAACACAUACCAUAAGGCGGCCACGUCACUACAGAACAAGGAACGGAAACUAGAAGAUGCGGCACAGCUUAUCGAGACGAACUUGUCGCUCCUUGGGUCAACAGCAAUUGAGGACAGGUUACAAGACGGUGUUCCAGAAACAAUUGCAGAUCUUCUCAAAGCAGAUAUCAAGAUUUGGGUACUCACAGGUGACAAACAAGAGACUGCAAUCAACAUUGGUUAUUCCACGAGGCUGCUCUCUCAGGGAAUGCCUCUAUUGGUAAUCAAUGAAGAAAGCUUAGAUAACACACGGGAAGCUAUUCACAGGCAUGUGCAAGAGUUUGGGGACCUGCUCAGGAAAGAGAAUGAGCUAGCUCUAAUCAUAGAUGGCAAGACUCUGAAGUUUGCCCUAUCGUCGGAUGUGCGCAGGGACUUUGUUGAUAUUGCCCUGUCCUGUAAAGUCUGCAUCUGCUGCAGGGUGUCACCCAUGCAAAAGGCAGAAAUUGUGGACAUGGUUAAGCAUUCCACCCAGUGUGUGACAUUGGCCAUUGGAGAUGGAGCCAAUGAUGUGGCCAUGAUCCAGUCUGCCCAUGUGGGGAUUGGAAUCAGUGGCAUGGAAGGACUACAGGCAUCUUGCGCAUCGGACUACUCCAUAGCACAGUUUCGGUUCCUGCGACGUCUGCUCUUUGUGCAUGGUGCGUGGAACCACAAUCGCAUGUGCCGCCUUAUCCUCUAUUCAUUCCACAAGAACAUCUGUCUUUACGUUAUUGAGCUGUGGUUUGCAGCUCUGAGUGGGUGGUCAGGCCAGACUCUCUUUGAGAGGUGGACCAUUGGCAUGUACAAUGUGAUGUUUACUGCGGCCCCUCCUCUAGCCAUUGGCCUUUUUGACCGUACCUGCAGUGCAGAAGUAAUGAUGAAGUACCCGGCACUCUACAAGUCUUCUCAAAAUGCUGAAGGCUUCAAUGCAAAGGUGUUCUGGGUGUGGAUCAUAGAUGCCAUCUACCACUCCAUCAUUCUUUUUUGGCUCACGAUGCUAGCCAUGAAGCAAGAUGUGGCUUGGGCUAACGGAAGGGACGGAGGCUACCUGAUGUUUGGCAACCUGGUCUACACUUACGUUGUAGUGACUGUUUGCGUCAAGGCUGGCCUGGAGAUGAACUCUUGGACAUGGCCUUCUCACUUGGCCAUCUGGGGCAGCAUCGGACUUUGGCUCCUCUUCUUGCUCAUCUACUGCAAUGUCUGGCCCACUUUACCCGUUGCACCAGACAUGGCUGGACUGCACAUCAUGGUUUAUUCAUCUGGCAUCUUCUGGAUGGGCCUCAUCAUCAUUCCCUUCAUGGCCCUUCUGGCAGACAUCAUCUUCAUAGUUGUGAAGCGAUCAUGCUUCAAAUCCCUGUCUGAGGCUGUCAGGGAAAGUGAAAUAGCGCACACGGACCCUGGUCCUGUGAUCUUGCGAGGAACAAAGCAAAGGCUGACAGAAACAGCGCGACUAUUGAAGAACGUCUUCAUGAAGCCAAUAUCAUCCACCACUCACGUUCCCAUCGAGGUGGAGCUCCAGCAUGGCUAUGCAUUCUCUCAAGAGGAGCACGGCGUAGUACCUCAGGCUGAUCUCAUACGAGCUUAUGACUCAACGAAGGAGAAACCUCAGGGAAUCUAGCCGACAUUGGCAACCCCCGAUGGACACGGCUGCGUCGUUCAGCAGAAACAUUCCGUGCACCAUCUUUCUAUCUUCCUUAAAGGACAACUACCUUCGGGUCUCGUGCGUAAAAUGUACACAUCUAGUGUAUGCUAUUGCGUGCCUGUAUAUUUAUAUUUGUAUACAUGUCUUCAUGCAUGUUCAGGAGCAUUGCAGUGAAUGGUGGCCCAAUAUUUUGCAUGGAUUCUUGAAGACUUUCAACUCAUCAAAUGACUCGAGAGUUUCCGGGUUUCUCUCUUCUCUUUCUGUCUCUCUUUCUCUCUCUCUCUCUUUGUUUCUUUGUAGGCAAUGGCGGUUUAAACGGUUAAACAUGACGGAUAAGUUUGCGUCAGUAGACGUUGAUUGAUAGGGAGGCACUGGAGCAGACAUGAGCUCGUGCUCGGUGGUUAUGCGUUAAUGUCUUUGUUAAUGUCGAACUGCAUCGAAAGCAAAUGAGCUCGUAUACAGAUGUCUCAUGGCUAUCCGCCACCUCUUGUUGAUGCUCAAUGAGAUUAGAUUUCGCGAGGGAAUACGAAAUGCCAUUAUGGCGUACCAAGUCCUGCGACCCGUGACGCGCAAAUGUGUAACGAUAUGCUUAUCUUCUUUCUCCCGUUUUUAACGCCAUUGUCUGCAUAUGUGCGUUGCCCUUUCUAUGAGAAAAGCGUAAAACGUGAACGUUGUUAGCAACAUCUAGCUAACAUUCCGCAGCAUGACAUUGUCUUUCACGUAUAUUUGUAAGCGCUGUCCCACUUCGAGUCAGCGUUAACGCUAAACGUUAAAGAAGAUGAGCUCAGCCUGUGGUGACUCGUCUAGUAAGUCAACGAUGCAAACAGAAAAUUUUUACUUGAAGUUUAUAACCGGUUGUCUUUAUUCCUAUUGACUGUCUUUCUCGUACGCAUGUGCUGAUCCUCAUUACGAAGCAGCGGGGCAGCUGUAAAUAGCUUUCUUUAUUGUUUCGUAGCUUUCCAGCAGGUUGCUUGGAGUAGGCAAAAGACUUGCCUGGGCCUACCGGUCAAUGAAUUGCUGCGGUAGUUAUGUGUAGUGUUAAUUAAAAAUUCUCUCGUGAUAUGGCUACCAGUGUGAUUUUUAACACGGUUGUUUCCAAUACUAUGUAUACAGGGUGUUCAAAAUUAAGCUUUCACUAGCACUUUAUAAAUAGGCGAACAAAAGAAAACUGGUGCUGUUUUUUCUGUUCCUUGAGUUAGAAACAGGUGCUACGUAAUUAGCAGCACCUGUUUCUUACACAAGUAGCGUAAAGUUAUCAUCCGGUUUCCUGUCAUCGCUGUGUUUGCGUAGCGUUCGUGAAAGCUUAAUUUUGAACACCCUGUAUAUUCAUUAGUAAACUAAAGUGACGGUCUCGCACAGACCGGACGAAACUUCACUGGAAUCUUAUACCCACGAACACUAUGGAUACAGAACAGUGAAAAUCUUCGAAUCUGUAUACACAUUAUGCGCUUGCGUAUGCAUAAUUGCUAGCGUCGGCGUCGUUCUUUCAUAUUGUGGAAUAUACAGGAUAAAUAAUAUCGAUUUUCACGUUUCGGAAUGGAUCAUUAAUGUGAAUUAUUGAGCGUUCCGCAGCGAGAGUAACUUUCAGUCCUCUCACAUGAACUAUAGUCACUGCUGCUCUCUCUGUAUAGCAUGUCUUAGGAUUGAACCUCAUUUCCUGAAUGCAGCAGACACGCAGUUUAUGUUGACCGCUUGUUGCUCGUAAAGCCAGCACACGUUAUACAUGUGACAAAGAACACUUAAUAUUGUUAAUUUGCUAGCGAAAUUGCGGUAGAAUAGCACGGUGGGAUGUCUGCGGAAAAUAAUGCCCAAUGGACCUUUUUCCCAACGGCUUAUGCUCAUGCGCAUGACCUUGAGGCGCCAGACAGGGUUAUCUCCGUCUUCACUAGAUGGCGCGGUAUGCGGACGACAGAAGUGGAGACCAGUGGGGAGACCGCACGAACGGCGCGAGCUCGUCGGUCCCACUCCGAACCGGUUUUGUCCUUUGUGCUACCCACGUGGAUUUGUUUUGGCGCGCUCCGAGCGUGGUUCACUGGAGAGCCGCUAGGAUACGGCGCGUAUGUGAAAAAGGUCCAAGGCGUGGCCAACGCAUUUCUAGACCCAGUGUUGUCCACGUGCAAUGUAGUUUUUGCCACCGUAAUUGACGACCAAUGCGCAUUUGGUGAUCACUUCGAGACGGUGUUGCCCGUAACUUCCAAUUUUAAUUUCUAAAAAAGCUAUGAGUAUGAUUGUGACGAAAAUUAUGAGGUAAGAGUGCUGAGGACUCGGGCUAUCGAAUAGAUUAAGGUUCUGAGAUUGCGCAUCUGCUGCUUUACGGUAUUUUAAAUUGUCGUCUGCUUCUCGGCUGCAGCGACACUACUAUUCCAAAAUAUUACGUGGGUGCCUGUACCUAUGAGGUGACACCGUUUGCCCCAUCGAUGUCCUUCGAGAGAGAAUCGCUUCUAUGUGUGUUCGAUUAUCGUUGCCAUACCGCAGAAAUGUGAUAUGUUUUUGUUGGUCUUGUUAUACUGGCUGAUUCCAAAUAGAAUCGGCGGCUGGCGCUGGUAGUUUAUACUGACUUAAAAUGGCACAUGCAGUACGCAGCAUAUUUUACAGCGCGUAUAUGGAAGCUGGCCGGAAAGGCUGGCUGGAAAGCUGGAAUUGCGCCUCUUUCUACAGAUAUGUUCCCUGUAUCAAUGACAAGAAAAAAGAAAUAAGACAGGCGCUGACACGAUGAAGUGAUGGGAGCUCCGUUUUUGUGUGUGGUAUUUAAGCGUACAACCCGUUUCUUCAGCAACUACAGCGCGCAAGGACAAUGUACAAAGUAGAAAGACCGCUGGCUGCACAGCUAGCUGUAUAAGUUCCAGUACUGUAAAUGUAAUGAGCAGAUUAUGGGAGAGAAUUUGGACAUGCCUCGCGACUGGGAUCUUUCGGUAUUGGGAAAUUUCUUUAAAAUAGUCUUAGUGCCGUCAUUAAAGAUAUACUUAGAACUACAGCAUACAGAGUUUUUCUAUGCAUAUUCCUCACAGAUUUUUUUUUUAAAUAAAAAAGCUGUGACAGCAACAUAGAUACAAUUUCGCAGGUGGGUUUUGCGGCCAGGCCUAUAACCUCGAAGAGAGUAUAUGGGAACUUCCGGGGGAAAAGAGGGGUAUCAGAAUGGGAAACAAUCCGUUUUCAAGGAUGAUCUUUUUUAAAAAAAAAAAUCCUGCAACGAGCACAUGCGUUGAGAUGUCUAUCGCCGAAUUUUGCUAUGGCAACUGAGCCGUAACCGAAACCGCGCGCAUCAGGAGCGCAGAGAGGACAGUGCGCUUAUUCCACGUCAGAGGUUCACGUGCUUUGAAGCGAUGAAGAUGGUGCUGGCAGCCGACGGCGAAGGUCGUGUCCUCCCUAAGCUCGUGAUGGGCGCGUUUUUGGUUUCGGCUCAUUUGCAUAGCAAAAUUCGGCGAUGGAUAUUUCAAUGCACGUGCUCGUUUAAGAAUUAAAAAUAAAAUAAAAUGGCUGUCAACGAGGACUGUCUGAUUGAAAUGUGGUAGUCGUCGAGGAAUGUCUGCCUGUCUCACUUUUGGACGCAAGCCCCUAAUUAAAGAGUUCAUUAGUUAAUUUUACGUAAUUAGUGAUCUAGUAGUUACAUACUCUCUUCUAGUGGGUGUGCACCUUGCUGUAUAACCCACCUGCAAAAACAGCAUCUAUGCGGCUCUCAUAGCUUUUUUUCUAUAAAAAUUCUGUAACGAAUUAAAAAAAAACACCCUGUAUAUUAAUCAAAACCACUCGUUACGCAAGGCCGCUGGUAGAUUUUGUUUGAAGUCAGCCUAUACUGCCACGUAUUUUCACACCUUAAUAUAACCCGCGCUUUGGAACAGUUAGGCUAACAGUGUUUCACUGACCACCGUUUUACUGUACAUGAGAAAACGUAUUUUGGAACCUUAUACUAGACCGUGUAAUGCAUUGUCACUUGGAAUUGUAAAUGUGUAUCGCCAUUUGGUGACUGUAUAUACGUAUAUGUACCUACGUAUAUAUAUGUACAUAUAUGUACCUAUGUUGUUAUUUUUAAUGCAGGAAGCCUAUUAUGUCUGUGGUAUUUUCCGCAGCGUUGCUGAACGUAUAUAAAAUUAAUGCAUUUAAAGUGAUUCAACCGGUGCGUGUGAUGUUCUUACACCGCUGCGACACAUCUACUCAAACGAUACAUGUAGCAUGCCACAUGGGCAUGCAUUCCUUGAUCUACUCCGCAGUGCUUUGGAUGCUUUGUGUGUAGUGCAGAAUAUUGCGUGGAAUUAAAAGUGUCUUACCAAUCAGCAA